CGUGCGUCCGUCUCCAUGCCACGACUCGCUCUUUCGUUCCAUCUUGUGAACGGCGCAUCGGUGAAGCAGCACCGCGGCAGUGUUUACAGUAGGCCGUCGGUGUUUACAGGUUUUCAUCUUGGUUUUUGACAGUGUUCAACUGCGAAGGGGUUGCACAAGGGCUUACGCUCUGCCUGCAGACUGAGCGGGAUCUCGCGAGAGCGGUGGCGUGGCUGGUUGGCAGCAGGCUUGCAGUAAGACAGAGGGAGAAGGCAGGCAGCAUCAUGGCGGACAGAGACAGUGGAAGUGAGCAGGGAGGAGCAGCCACGGGCCCGGGUGUCGGUUCCAUGCACCCAGUGACAGGAGGGGCGGGCUCGGCUUCCGGGCUGCAGCACGAGACGCAAGAGCUCGCCUCCAAGCGGGUUGACAUCCAGAACAAGCGCUUUUAUCUGGACGUAAAGCAGAACGCGAAAGGCCGCUUCUUGAAGAUAGCUGAAGUCGGGGCCGGGGGAAACAAGAGCCGCCUCACUCUCUCCAUGUCCGUCGCUGUCGAGUUUCGUGACUACCUGGGGGACUUCAUCGAGCACUAUGCCCAGCUGGGGCCGAGCAAUCCGGACUUGGUGCAAGACGAGCCCCGGCGGGCGCUGAAGAGCGAGUUUUUGGUUCGGGAGAAUCGGAAGUACUACAUGGAUCUCAAGGAGAACCAGAGGGGCCGGUUUCUACGGAUCCGACAGACCGUCAACCGGGGGCCCGGUUUGGGAUCCACGCAAGGCCAGACGAUCGCUCUUCCUGCGCAGGGACUUAUCGAGUUUCGCGAUGCUCUCGCCAAACUCAUCGACGACUACGGAGUGGAGGACGAGCCCGCGGAACUGCCCGAGGGAACCUCUUUGACUGUGGACAACAAGCGCUUUUUCUUUGACGUGGGCUCCAAUAAGUACGGGGUGUUCAUGAGGGUAAGCGAGGUUAAACCCACCUAUCGCAACUCUAUCACAGUGCCCUACAAAGUGUGGUCCAAAUUCGGAAACACGUUCUGUAAAUACGCAGACGAAAUGAAAAAGAUUCAAGAGAAACAGCGGGAAAAAAGGGCAUGCGAGCUGCAGCAACAGCAAGAAGAGAUGCAUGGAGACGAUGGGGACGAGGAUUGAUAGUGGAGGGAAAACAUGCAAAAAAAAUAAUAAUCAGAAUAACAUAAAGAGAAAUUAUACGUAUGAGAAGUUUACUGUAAAAAAAGAGAAAGAUACAUAAAGAUUUAACUGUUUAACUCCAAGGGAGCACUACCCACAAAAAAUACAACCACCUCCACAAACUGACAGUUGAGACUCGCCACCCAUCGCUGGAUGUUAUCCACUUACCUACCAUUAAUACAAUAAGCGGCUGCUAAACAGAGUAAUAACAUUAUAUAUGAACUGUGUUUCCUACUUGAUUACAGCAGAACUGAGCGUUAUUUCCCUUAUUAACCCAGAACUUUUUUACACGUUCCAAGUGUUUGCAAUGUUCAAAUGGAGUUAUUGCAGAGUUACUAGGAAACGAUGAUGACUUCAGCACAAAUCAGAUAUUUUAGUUUUUUUUAAACAAAAUUUAAAGUCACCCGAAGAGGUUAUCUUGGUAGCCAUGCCACUAGAUAUUACAAGCAGCAGCUGAAGGCUUGCUAGGAAUCUGGAUGUGAUAAUAUCAACCUGUUGAUCAGUCCCUAAGAGAUACAGAGUGGUCAAACCAUGCAAGGUUACUCAAGAAAAGUGUAGGAAAGAGUUGGCUCCAUCUUUGACCUCUUCACAAACGUUCUGAGGAGUAUUACCAGUGUAUUUUUUUAAUUGAAGUUAUUGUCAUGCAGAUGAUAUGCUAUGUAUUUGUGUCUCGUUGUCAUGCACAUUGUAUAAAAAAGGUACUUGAUAAACCGGAGCAAUGGCAACAAACGAAAGAGCUCUUAAAAACAUUUUUGUAACGUGAAAAGUUGCAUCCCUGUUAUACCAGACCCCUCGAUACACAUACAAAGAGUCGUAUGAAAAUACUAAUGUAGAAAAAUAUACAAAGUAUGAUUUUGUGAAUCAGAUGUAUUUCAGUGGAGAAGAGAACAUCCCACGUUUUUAGUGGGGGAUUAGACAAAACAAUCUGUAAAAGGGUUUAAAAACUAUAUAUAUCAGUCUACCAAUGAGAGUAUGAGUGGCGCCAAGGAAUGCUGUAGUUGCAUGUUAACCUGUACACAGCCACAUUGAGGUGGAUUUCUCAAUGUUUGUCCUCAAGGACUCUUCUCUGUGAUGGUUUCAAUGUCCAUAAUGUCAAUAAUAUUUGUUCAGGUAAUUGAAUUCAUACCAUUUUUUCCUUCAAGGAAUUAGUUUUUUCAAGGUGUGAGAUGUACAUGAUAAGAUAUUAUCAACUCUUUGACUGUUUGAUCAGACAAUGAAAAACCCUUUUUCCAUGGGGGCCCUUGAGGACCUGUGUUGGGAGACCCUGACUUUAAUGAACGUGUUGGGGAGCAUACUCUUCAGCAUUAAACAUCCUGGUGCCUUACAGACUCCGCAUGCUUAUACACUGGCUAGUGCUUUGGAUCUAAGUUUGGGUUCUUGUCUUUUUCUUUUUUCCUUUUCUUGUCUGUUUUUGUUUGACCCUGGCCCUCUUGGAUUCUAUUGCAUAACUUAUGGUCUGAUGGGCUGGCUCGGUUCCUUAAUGAGAAGGAAAUCAUUGUUUGCAGGUUUUAAAGCGAUACCUCUCAUCUCGACUGGUUACUCAGACCUUAUGAAUGGAAAUCACCUAGUCAGUUUCCCAUACAUAAACACUACAAGGUGUUAGUAACCUUGACAAAGCAGAUGAGCCUUCCCUUAGUUUAUCAAAUGCCAGCUACAUGCCAGGCACACUUUAUCGGGAGGUUUUUAACUGAAGCCUCCAUAGUUUGGCAGUAAUGUGUCAUUUGUCACAGACCAAAAGCCUAUUUUGGGGGUGUGGCCAGCAUGUAUUUUUUUUCCCCCCUUCCUUCUAACUUUUCGGUGUUGCUUCACAUUAUUUGUCAUUUUGGAAACUUGGGCUCUCAAAGUUGUUGUUUUUUUUUCCUCGCUCCUUUUCAUUUUAUUUCAUCCCAGUGAUAUAUUUCAUUACUGUGUGCAAUAUUGAAAGUGCCAAUGUUGGCAAUAUAUGUAUAUCAAUUAAAUAUAUAAUUAAUAUUUGAAAAGCA